AAAAAAAAAAAAAAAAAAAAAACAACAACAAUAAAAAAUCAAAAUACCAAUAACAAAAACAAAAACAACCAUAAGCGGUAAGUGCUUGAAAGAGUGGCUAGCCAACGUACGCGUCAUCCGCAACAUUGGCCAGCUGUCGGGCAAAUAUUUGGACAGCACACACACACACACAUACAUACAUAUAUGCAUCUAUGUGUAUAUAUAAGUAUGCAAGUACACGUGCGAAUGUGCCAACGUAAGUGACGCGAACGUGACACGAAUGUGAUUAGUGAGCGCUACCGUGAAACAUUAGACCAAUACAACAACAACAACUGUAACUAGCGGACAACCGCAAUUUGCAUAGCUGCCACACGCAUGCCAAUAAAGAAUACAUACAAACGCACACACAAACACCCACACAUAUAUGCAAACACACAACAUGCAAGCAUCACCAGCCUCGCCGAGCGCCUCGCCGCCAGAUUUCGAUUUCAAUCUGCCGUGUCGCUACUUCAAAAGCUCCUUCGCGCGCUCGCUUUCCAUGUAUAACGGUGCUGGCGUUGGCGGCAGCGCGGGCGGCAUGGGCGGCGCUAAUGAUAUGCAGUGCAAGUCGUUGGAUUUCGAUAUCGGGCAGUAUCGCCAAAUUAGUGCUUUCAAUGGCAACAACAACAACAAUAAUAACACUAACAACAUUAACAACAACAAUGUCAAUAUGGAGUGCAACAGCCUGGAGUGUCCACCUUUGCCGCAGCGCCGACAAGUGGCAACCACAGCGGCCGGCAAGAAUGAGGCCAACAACUGCAACAACAACAGCAGCUGCAGCAGCAAUGUUUACUUAGAAAGCGACGCCAGCAGCGAUGAGCCGGCCGAGGAGGAUGCCAAGCCGCCAGCAAUACCGGCGCGCUGUCCCAUUGUUGUCGCCAAAUCAAAGUCAGCCGGCGCGUUGAAUAUACAGCAACAGCAACAACAACUGUUGGCACAAUACAGGCAUGUGGCGAUUGCCGAGAAUGCGAACGCAAGCGGGAAUGCGGUUGGCAACGCAGCCACAGCCGCCAUUCAUGGGAAUUUUAACAGGCCAAUUAAUCACAACACAUUGCCGCCACAGCAGCAACAGCAGCAACAACCGCAGCAACAAUUCAAUGGCAUGGCAAAUAGUGCCAGCAACAACAACAGCAACCAUGAAGAUGCAUUAGGCGACACAAGAGCUGGCAGAAGCCGCUGCAACAGAAGGAAUGUUUGGCCUACAGACCGCGUUGACUCGCAGCAGCAACAACAGCAUCACUAUCCAUCACAACAACAGCAGCAGCAGCAGCAACAGGAUGGCAAUCUCAUGUUCGCUGUUGAGGAUGAAGAUGACAUUAAGAAUGUCAACGAUGGUGGUAAUGCCGCCGUCACAACGAAACCACCUGUGGCUGCCACACGUUCAACGCUAGCGGCUCAUUAUGCAGCGGGCACAAAGCCGCCAGUUGCCGCGCGCACCACAGCCGCCGCCUGCAUCGAACAGCGCCUGCCCGCCUUUAAGGCACACAACGACAACGCAGCCAACGUGCAGGUGGUGUUGUUGCAAAAUCAAGUGGACACACUGCAGUGGCAAUUGAAGCAGGUGGAAACAAGUAAUGAGAUGUAUCGUGCUGUCAUCGAAGAGAUCGCACGUUUCCUUGAUCGUUAUCAAACACAAAAACAACAACAACGCCAAUUACAACAACAGCAACAGAUAUCCCGUUCCAAGAGUCUCUACCAAGUCUACGAUGGCAACAGCGCUGGCGAAGGUCAUGAACAAAGCGCCAGCGGUGUUGCUGUCUUUGGAGAUAAAUCAAUAAGCACAUCUUCUGCAUGUUUGCGCACGCGCAGCACUAGCAACCUGAUCGUAGAUUUCAAGCAAUCGGCCAUACACAAUGGCAACGCCGCAAAAUCAGGUGGCGCCAACAUGAAGCAUAGCAGUCUGGCCACAGCAGCAGCAGAUAAGCGGAGUUAUGAUGCCAUUAACACAACCAACAACAAUGCAUACACAACAUUUAAGGACUUUACCUGGCGCCGUUCACCCAAAAAGUAUGCCGAGUUCAAAGCUCAGGCCGCCGCUGAUGAUCUUGAGGAAAAACUCAACCAGGAAGCUUUUCGCCUGUCGCGCACCAUACACAAUCUACUCAACACAUCUACACGUCAACCGGAUUUAACGCAGCACCGUAACGCCGCGUCGACGUGCAACAAUGCACUGCAUACGAAAGUGGCGAAACCCACAACAAUACCGACCAACAUACCGACAACACACAUUACACCUGCUCAAAACAAUGCGAGCAACAAGAAAAUGAAUGCCACAGCCGCUACGGACAAGCAUAACAGUCGCAACGUCCCAGCCGCCGCCACCAACUCGCUUGCCAACGCCACUGCGGAUAUGCUCUUCCUGCGCGCCAACAAUAUACGCGACUCGCGCCUGUCGUUGCGUAGUUCCACUGAUAGCUCUGUACAUUCCACCACCUCCAAUUCGUCUGCGGUGUCCACUUCCUCCUCUUCGGCAGCUUCGACUUCAUCGGGCAAGGUGGAAACGGACGAAGAUGUCACGCUACAUCAUCCCUUCCAUCCGAUUGCGCUGUCAUCAUUCAAACAGCACCAACAUCCGCUCAGCUCAGCCACCGAAGACGAAAGUGGUUUCAGUUCGAUUAGCUCAUUUCAGGAUAUCGGUUUACCGCUGUGCUCCACAAUGAUUUCGAACGGCACAUCCACACCGAAUCGCUUAUCGUUGGCCAGCGUCAAAUUGGACUCAACCAGUUUGGGCAAUGGCAACGGUGCGACCGUUGCUGGGCUGUGUGAUGUCGAGCCGCGCGAAUUAGCUUGUGAUAGCCGUAAUUCGACCUUGAAAGCCAAUCAUCCCGGCAAUGUGCUGGGCGUACCACUGCAGGCUACACACGACAUGCAACACCGUUGGGAUACAACAUCGAAAACUAGUUAUCGCAACGCCAACAAAUAUCAGCGUUUCUCCACGCUCUCCAAUGAGGAGGCGUCCGCUGUACUUUGGGUGUAGGAAUACGCAAAUCGGCCUCAAUUCUACUUAGUGCAUUUAAUUUAUUAAAUGUUUCUUUUAGUAAAGAAAUCGAAAGAAUCACAUACAUACAAACAUAUACAGUAAAUAUUUAUAAGUA